AUGGGUGCACGACCAUCGGGCGCACGUCUGGGAAGCACAGAAGCUCCACAUCAGACUCAGGACGAUUCAGACGUGGUGCUGGAGGUCGUAAACAACUCCGGAUUGAGGUUGCACAGAUCUCACGUAGACCCUGUGGAAUUUACACUUUCGUUACCUGAAAUUCUGUCUUCAACGCAUACUCUGAUCCUCCAAGAUGUCGGGCAGCAGGAGGUUUUCAUCAACUACACGAGCUGCCAACCUCGUCCCAAGCCGCAGGAGGAGGACGGCAGCCGGCGCAAUCCACACUUGACUGAGAAGUGCAUUGCGGCCCCCAUGAUCCUUUCAAUCUAUGUUGCAAUGGCAGAUGGUGGACUGCGAGCGUUCGUAAUGGGGGGUGUCCACCGUGUAGACAUCGCUGCGACUUUCAAGCGCUUGCCAGAGCAUGCUGACGAGUUGCGAAAGUUGGCCAGCCGACAGGGUUCACUGGGGUUCUGCUCUUGGGAACCACGGCUAGCUCCAAGGAGCGCAGUGCUUGUUCUCAGAGAGCCAGAGCGGGGCAUCUCGCAGCAGCGAGCCGCACUUCUGGAUGCUCUGCAGGGGGCCGGGGCCGGGGCCGUGAGGAACGAAGUCUGUUCGGGUCCGCAGCCGGAAGACAUGCCAGAACCCGAUGCAGCACAAGAAGCUGCAAAGAGUACAGCAGAAGCAGCAGAAGAACCCGGCGAUUCGAAGGUCUCCUCAUUACCGUGUUGCCGUUCAAAGCCGCCAGUCCUUGACUCCUGCGCUGACACAACACAGACAGAUGGCCAAGAGCGGACUUCAAAGCAGAUGGCUCCAGUUCAGAAGGCCUCUACAUUGGAAGGCAAAACCUCCUUGGCAACAGCUGGACUUCAGCCGAGCACCGCUGGCCUGCACGAGUGUGACAACGGGUUUCAGACACCAGCUGUCAGUGCUGCCCAGAAGGAUGCCGGCAGGUCCCGCACCGGUGCGCUGGCUUUACAAGUGCAGCAGGCAAUGAGGGAAAGGCAGGAGAAGGAGGAAGAAGAAAGACGCCUGCAGCGGGAGGAGGAACAACUGAAGGCGAACUGUUCCGUGGUCAUCGCCUCGCAAGACAGCGAAUAUCAAAGGAGCCUUUUGCAUGAUCAAGUCCGAGAUCUACAGAAGGAGCAGACACAGCUGCAAGAGUCGGAACAGUCUUUGUCCAUCGCUUGGACCGCAACGGUGCAACGUCGCCAGAAUGCCGAAAUCCGUAUAUCCAGGUAUGGUGAAAAUCCACGAAUCCGUGCGGAAGCUGACAGAGCUGCUGACCAAGAGAGGUCCUUGCUCUCGGAACUGACUGACGUGUCACAGCGCCUGGCGGACGUCAAGGAGGCCUUGGUGGAGAAGGAAGAACUUUUGUGCAUGGCUAUGCUUGCGGAUGUGGGUAGUGGUUGGCAUAUGCGAGGCGCGCGUCUUCUCUUCACCGCUCCUCAAUACCAACGGUCAGCACAGGACUGCGACGAGGAUCCGCCUCUGCCGGGGGGUGAAGAUGACCGGUGGGACCAGAAAGUUGUGGAGGUGACAGAGGAUGCCGGGAGCAUGGUGUGUUCCGGGCGCAUGGAGACAGGCAGCAAUUCGUCGGACUGUUUGCCAUCAUCGUCACGGCUUGCCUCUUCGCACCAUGCUCUGAAGGAAGUGCGUCUCGACUGCCUGCCCCAGCUUCAGCCGAGUGCACCGCCGUGUCAUCUGCAUCGUCGUCAUCGGCAGAACUGCAAGCGUUGUGCUGCAUUUCGCGGUCUUCCUGUUGGAUCAGGUAUUGCUGGCAUUUCACCUUCGGCGAGCAGAGAGGCCACCGCGCUUGACAAGUGCAGCUCGUCCGACAAGAACUUGCCGCUGGAAGGCUUCAGCUCAAAACUGCAGAGCCAAGUGUUGCAGUCUGCAUAUUUCCGCUACGUCUUGUUGUGCGUCAACGAUGUUGAGUCACUAAUGGACGAGCUGCAAAAUCACGCCGAUCACGCUGAGCCAUAUACGCCUCAUUCGCACAGUGAUCCUUCUACGCUUUUCUGCUGCAUCUAUCGCUUGUCGCAGUUGCAGCCUUCCAAGGAACAGGUCCAUCAACUUGUGGCCUUCAAAGGGUCAGUCAUGGUGCGUGCUGCUGGCAUGCUGCACAUUCGGUUCAGCUGGUCGCCUGGAGAUGCGUGGACUUGGCUUCGAAGAUUUCUCUUCGACAGGGAGCUUUUCAGGCCUGGCAGCUCUGCAUGCGCAGCAAUGACAAUGGGCGACUGGGUGGAAAGCCUCCUGCGACAUGAGAAGUAUUACGACGUGGUGCUCCCACGAUUGCCGGUGAGUCUCAAGCGAGAGAUUGCGAUGGAGCUUGUGCAGUUGCCUGAGCUGCGCGAGGCUCAAAACAAGAGUUCUCGACAUGACCUCUUGCGGCGCGUCGGGACGGCGGUUGAUGUUCUCAGCGGAAUGACUUGGUGCUCUGCGGCAGUGUUGACAAGUGGCAUCGUGGGACGAUCGCUUCUCGUGCGUGUGCAAAUGGACGAUGGCUCCGUACAGGAGGUUCCUUGUGGCUUGCUUCGGCCAGCUCAGCAAGUCAAAACGCGGUCCAGGUCUCCCAGGUCUCUCCGUUCUACGGACAAACUCUGUGAAGAGUUUCUGCGACGCGAUCGUGCGAAGGCUGUAACGGAUGCUAAGCAUGGGUAUUUCAAGCCCAUCCCAAAGCUGAAGAAAAUGCUCAUGACCAAAGACAAGUGCUUGAGGCACUCGGCACCGGAUGAAACAUCGCCUCUUUUGGUGCGCAGUGCCAAAGAGGACCUGGUGCAGCCAGCACAAGUGGAUCAUGCCGUUCCGGAGGAGAGGCGUUCACAGCUCAUGCAAGUCAUGCGCAAGUACGCAUCUGCGGGCAUUUCGAGAUCGCUCUUUGAUCGCCAGGACCGCUUUGAGUAUCAUGACUGGAGUUCGGCUGCGACUUCUGCCACAGAAGUUUUGGUGCCUGAGACACUGAGGCUAGGUUAUUAG